GCAACAAGGGUUAAAUAACAGAGGGGUCGGUGCGUUCUUAGUGCACACAGUAAAUUCAAAUUGGCCWUUGGUGUAAUGGAGGCUCGAUGGAGCGUUAGAACUCACAAGGUUUACGYAUUACAUCUCUAGGGAUAUUUUCUACACGAACAAAGAGCAAACCACAGGCUGAGGAUUUAACACCGAAUUAAGGCGAGUGUUUUGGGAGAGAAAUCAAUUAGAUUAACAAUGGUCGCGUUCCCGUUGAAUGAAAGCUAAAUCAACAGCACGUCACAAGUCGAUAUGGCCGAUAAUGGCGCACCCCAUGUUACCCGUGCGACAUUCUUCCGUAAUGGCGAUCCAAACUUCAAAGGCAAGAUGAUGGUUGUUAACCCGAGAUAUUAUCGUAACUUCGAGUCUUUUCUAGACACAGUUACAUCGAGCACUCGAUCUACAAACGCCGUCACAAGGAUAUGCACUCCGCAUGGAAGGAACUUUGUCCACAGCGUAGAGAACUUCCAAAAUGGCGGGAAUUAUGUGGUUCUAGGGAGAGAACGUUUUAAGAGGUUGAACUACGGAGAAGAAAGGAAUAAAAACACUGUAACUCGUCUUCCGCCGAUUUUAAGAAACCAAAUGCCUUCGUCUGGAAGAUAUCGAAAAGUUUAUGAAGGUGAGAAGCAAGCUUUGAAGAGAAUAUACGUGUACCGUAAUGGCGAUAGCAGGACACCACCUAGGAUGAUCCUACUGAAGAAACGAAACCUCGCGGACAUGGAACUUGUACUGUCGGCGCUUCAAGAGAGCAGAAUAAACUUUGAUUUUGCAAUUUCAAAACUGUUUACUUUAAAAGGUAAACAGAUUCAUAGCUGUGAUGAGAUUUUGCAUGACGGAAGAUAUGUGGCGACGCAAAGGGGUAGUCGCUUCAAACCUAUAAACUACGAAGGGAUCUCGAACUUCAGUCCUCGAAGUGUAGUGAAUAUAACUCGUUUUACAAAAUUGCCGCCCAUCGCAAGUCGAAUUAAUCCUUCAAAAAUCAGCAAUUCUCCUCGAAAGCCAGCUCCAUCACUUCCAAACAAUCUUGGUCCAUCAAACCAAACUAAACGAACUGACAAAAAACAAGUUGAAAAACGUGAGAAAAAGCGCACACAACCGAUGCCUGCGCAAGAUUCUAUCAUAAGUCCAUUUGAAGAUCAAGAUCUAACGCGUGAGAGUUUUUCCCAUGUAAGUCUGUCAGUUACCCCGCCACCGCUUGACGAAUCGCCGGAUUUUACUCUGUCAGAAAACAUUGGAAAAGAAAAUGAGCCUUCAGCAGAGACUGUCAAUAAAAGUGCCUCGCCGGAACUUGCAGUUCCAUCUAAUCUUGAUAACCUCCCCGAUGAUCAGCAAGAAGAUAUAGGCCUGCAGUUAUACAAUGCCAGCGGUAUGCAGAGUGAAUGGGGAGACAUGGUCGUUGACAGUAAAAGCGCUGUCACGGACAAGCCAAUCGAUGAUGUUCCGGCUGAGGAAGUUAACGACGAAGAAGUCACGGAAAAUGACGAAGGCUCUCGAGAAAAAACGAAGACUCCCGAACCUGAUUUGGACAUAGAAGACGAAACAGCAGAAAAUGAAGAGAACGGUAGAAGUCAAAGCGUGGAAGAAGUUAUUAACAUUGAACAGCCAAGCAAACAAGAAAAUACGGAAGAAAACCAAAAAGAAGAUGAAAUAGCUGCAACUGCGAGCAGACUUGUUGAAAGGAUUCUACAAGAAGAGGAGAAUGAGCAGACUACUGCCAUCAACGACGAAAUAGAGGAACAACAAAGCAAACAUGAAGAACCAGACAACACCGAGAAAGAAGAAAUCGCGCAAAGCCCGCAACCUUCUAUGGCAAGUAGUCAAGAGGACCUCAAUAGUGAAGAUGAAGUCCAGUCCUCACAGGAGGACGAACAAACUGAUGAUGAUGAUGAUGAUGAGAAGGAUGAUGACGAAAAUGAUAAUGAUGAAGAAAAAAAUGAUGACAAAGACAGCAAAAAUAACACCACGCAGCCACAGAGCGAAAAGGAAGAAAGCGAAGCAGAAGAACCAGCCACCAAAGAAAACCGAACCAACAAGAAAGUAGAACAAGAAAGAUCAGAUCCUUCAGCGGUUAAAAAGAACCCAGUUAAGCAAGAUCAUGCCAAAGGCAGACGAAGAGAAAAGAGAGUUGACAACAAAGCCUAAAGAAAGACUUACGAAUACUGAGAACAACAUCAUGAAGUGCAACCCGACAGAGCUCUUCUAAGCCAUCAUGGCCGUACAUGUAUGAAUCAAGGCAGUGAAAAGAAUAUAUUAUAUAAAGUAUGACAAUAACACAGUAUGAUCGCUUUAUCUACCGAACUAUAAGGUAACCAUUAAUCUAGCAAAGUAGGCUGUUGGUACAGAUCAAUUUACAUUCGUAUAACAAUGGUCCGCCAGGCAGUAGCGUGGGAUGAAGAUCAGUGUUUCUCAUUUUCGAGCAGAUGUCAUUUUAAGCUUAUCUAUUUUUAGUUUUUCAUCUCGAAUACUUUUGAUAAACUACGGAAAAAUCAAUGUUAAUUUGGUUUUAUUAUCCUAUAACUGUUCAGGACAACAAAUAGCUUUUGGUGCUUGUUGUCACAAGACGAUAUUCAUAACGUUUUUUUCGUUUCCUAUGGUUGAAAAGUAAAGCGUCUAAAGAGGCUCGUUUUCCUAUCAGCUUGUUUGGGUGUCCGGCCUACUGUACCCUAGUUGUUAAUGGCUUUCAGUCCAAUCUCUAGUUGUUAAGGGCACAGGAAUCCCAGCAUCGAAACAGGCUCCGAAGGGAUGUAGCUGUCACAGAAUUAGACUACGAACUGAGCUUAGUGCUCCACCAGUAGCAGAAUGGUUAGAAUGACUUAUUUUUAAUAGUAAGCAAGUAGAAAGAUGCGACUUUUUAACACACUAGUCAAUCGAGAAUCAAGUUAAUGAACAGUCUACUAUAAACAAGCUUAAGUUUAUACUAUAAAACAGUGCAUAACAUUAAUAAUUCGAUACGCAUUUCAUAAAAAUCACAAAAAAAUAUUUAACCCAUUACGUCUUUUAAAAUAAGCAUAAAAUGAUUUAUAUGAAAAACUAUACGUUAUCAAAACAUAUAUCACAGAGGGGGUGGGAUAGGAUGACAAGUAUUGGGUUGGGUUUUAAUGGGGCAGUCUGGGUUGGAGAAGACUGAUAUGUUGAGCUGGAAUACAUUAACUGCUAUAUUGUAGAUAAUUUUAACUUCGCGACGCCUUCCCAUAACUGUCACAUACAGAACAACCAUUCUAUUUACCACUGUCAUGAGAUGAUUCUGUAGUUAAUGAUUUUAUUAAAAUGUAAAUAGUCAAUCAAAUUUAUUAUCAAUUCAUACACAGCCGAUAUAUAUAUUUACGUUAAGGCAGUUAUUUUGUCAAAUAAAGGACUCGAUAUUACAUGAAACAUCGGUUUAGAAGUUUGAUUUAUCAAAUGGAUCGUCCCUCUUAGCCUCGCCCCAGGCUACAAUCCUCUCAAGCAUGACGUCACAUGCAAUAAAUGACCCAGUCUUCCACAUCUCGAAGCGCCCGCCAUAGCGUAGAGACGAGAUAUAGGUCCGUCUAAUAUAGUAUAUUACGUUGAACCUCAAUGAUAGUUUUUAUAUACUGCUAAAAAUGAACGGACAUGUUGAAACGCGCGCCCGUGCUUACCUCGUUCCCAGGAGCUCCCUGCUCGCUCCAUUU